AUGACUGCACCGAAGACUUCAAAAGCAUCUGUGGCAUCCGAGACUUCAGUCGCGCUUUCAGCCAUGUGGAAGUCUUACAUUCAAAACACGCCAGACCGACUCAAGAUCGUCGACGCCUUCCUGGUGUUCAUUAUGUUCUCGGGAAUCAUGCAAUUCGCGUACUGCGUCCUUGUAACCAACUUCCCUUUCAAUGCUUUCUUGGCUGGCUUUGCCAGCUGUGUAGGACAGUUCGUCCUUACAGCUUCCCUUCGGGCACAAGUUAACCCCGGAAACCGGUCGGAAUUCAACGAUGUCUCCCCAGAACGAGCAUUUGCAGAUUUUGCCUUGGGCUCAAUAGUACUGCAUUUCUUCGUGUACAAUUUCCUUGGAUGA